AUGGCAUUAUUAGGUCACAUUUUAAUUGCUGAGGAAUAUGUAAAUCAAAUGGCUCAUCAACGAUUUACUUUGCACAAAAGAAUUUUGCGUGACAGUUAUAAUCCAUUUGAUUUGAGCGAUUUUAAUUUCAAAAAAUUAUAUCGCUUACCUAAGAAUGUGAUUUUUGAUAUUAUAGAAAAUUUGCGGCCUGUCUUAACUAAAACUCGAAAAAAUAGUUUAAGUGUAGAAAUACAAGUUCUAACUACAAUUCAGUUUUUGGCUUCCGGCUCUUAUCAACGAGGUAUUGGGCACGACUGUUGA